UCUUUCGGUGCCGGUCCGGACAGUUUCCCAGCCCGGGCUGCGCUGCGGCGCUGCCAUCUGGCCUCGGGGAUUGAGGCCCGGGGAGCAGAGGGCGGCUCUGCGACCCGCUGCAGUCUGGCGGGCGGUGGGGAGGGCUGCCUGGACGAAGCGCUGCGGGGGCUCCAGCAUGGCGGCGGCGGUGCGCGCAGCGGGCUGCCUCCCUGCGCUGUGCCGCGUGCCCGCAGGUCUCUUAUGGUCCAGGCAGCUUUACCCACACACCAUUCCAACAGCUUCCACUUUGGCAUUGAAGACUGUUCCCAGUAAUGGCCCUUUGUCAUCUCCAGGAACCAGAAACAAUUGUCAUUUCAGCAGCUUGACCUGUGCGCUACAGACACAAUGCUGGAUUUCUUCUCCCAGCAACUUGAUGGGCCAACCGUAUAGAUCCUAUAGUUUCUUCACUAAAUUGACAGCAGAUGAGCUGUGGAAAGGUGCUUUAGCAGAAACUGGUGCUGGAGCAAGAAAAGGAAGAGGAAAGAGAACUAAGAGAAAGAGAAGGAAGGAUUUGAACAGGGGUCAGAUCAUCGGUGAAGGGCGCAGUGGCUUCCUAUGGCCUGGUCUGAAUGUCCCUCUUAUGAGGGAUGGAGCUGUGCAGACCAUUGCCCAGAGAAGCAAGGAAGAGCAGGAGAAGGUGGAAGCUGACAUGUUCCAGCAGAGAGAAGAAUGGGAACGGAAGAGGAAGAUGAAGGUUAAGCGGGAGCGAGGCUGGAGUGGAAACUCGUGGGGAGGUGUCAGUCUUGGCCCCCCCGACCCUGGUCCCAAUGGAGAAACAUAUGAUGAUUUUGAUACCAGGAUACUUGAGGUAAGAAAUGUUUUCAAUAUGACAGCAAAAGAGGGAAGAAAGAAAUCGGUCCGUGUGCUGGUCGCCGUGGGGAAUGGCAGAGGAGCCGCAGGUUUUGCCAUUGGAAAAGCCACUGAUCGGGCGGACGCUUUUCAGAAAAGUAUAAAAAUAUUUUUCAUCUUUCAGGCAAAGAACAGAGCAGUUCACUAUUUGCAUUAUAUAGAACGAUAUGAAGACCAUACAAUAUACCAUGAUAUCUCCUUAAGGUUUAAAAGGACACAUAUCAAGAUGAAGAAACAACCCAGAGGCUACGGUCUUCGCUGCCACCGCGCCAUCAUCACCAUCUGCCGUCUCAUUGGCAUCAAAGACAUGUAUGCCAAGGUCUCGGGGUCCGUGAACAUGCUCAACCUCACCCGGGGCCUCUUCCAUGGUCUCUCUUGCCAGGAAACCCACCAACAGCUGGCUGAUAAAAAGAGUCUCCAUGUUGUGGAGUUCCGGGAGGAGUGCGGCCCUCUGCCCAUUGUGGUCGCCUCGCCCCAGGGAGCCGUGAGAAAGGAUCCAGAGCCGGAAGAUGAGGUUCCGGACACCAAACUGGACUGGGAGGAUGUGAAGAUCGCCCAGGGAAUGAAGCGCUCUGUGUGGUCGGGUUUAAAGAGAGCUGCCACCUGAGUUCUCCUAGGCCUCAUCCACCCGUUGGUCAGGUCAGCACCUGGAGGGGACUCAGCUACACCUUGGAACAUCAUGGCAUUUUUUGUUUUGUUUUGUUUUUUUAAGGAGAAAGACCAACCUCAAGUUCUUUAUUUACAAAUAAUAAAUAAUUAUAGUUUUAACUUA